GUCCCACACACUGCUCACUCACUGCCAGGAUGGCAUCUUGUCUGACCCUGCACAUGGUGCUGCUGCUCAUCUCUGGGGUCCUAGCCCCUGCGGUGCUCACAGCAGAGGGUCCCCAGGUGCCCAGUCCCACCCUGUGGAACGAGCCCAUUGAAUUGGCAUCAGGUGAAGGUCCUUUGGAGAGCACCAGCCACAGCCAGGAAUUCGCAGCCUCAGGCCCGCCGUUCCCCACCUCUGCCCCAGGACCAGAGGACAACAGCCCUCCUGCGGGGGUGGACCAAGACGGAGGAUCACUUGGGCCUGGCGCCAUUGCAGCCAUCGUGAUCGCCGCCCUUUUGGCCACCUGCGUAGUGCUGGCACUCGUGGUCGUUGCGCUGAGAAAGUUUUCUGCUUCUUGA